GCAAAAUGGCGGCGCCUGAGGAGCGGGACUUAACCCAGGAGCAGACGGAAAAGCUGCUGCAGUUCCAGGAUUUGACUGGUAUCGAAUCUAUGGAUCAAUGUCGUCAUACUCUGGAACAACACAACUGGAACAUAGAGGCAGCUGUACAGGACAGACUGAAUGAGCAAGAAGGUGUACCAAGUGUCUUCAACCCUCCUCCGUCCCGACCCCUGCAGGUUAAUACAGCCGACCACAGGAUCUACAGCUAUGUUGUUUCAAGACCACAACCAAGGGGAUUGCUAGGCUGGGGUUAUUACUUGAUUAUGCUUCCAUUCCGAUUUACCUAUUACACAAUACUUGAUAUAUUUAGGUUUGCGCUUCGUUUUAUACGUCCUGACCCUCGAAGUCGGGUCACUGACCCUGUUGGGGACAUUGUUUCAUUUAUGCACAUAUUUGAAGAGAAAUAUGGGAGGACACAUCCUGUCUUCUACCAGGGAACAUACAGCCAGGCACUAAAUGAUGCCAAGCGAGAACUUCGCUUUCUGUUGGUCUAUCUUCAUGGUGAUGAUCACCAAGAUUCUGAUGAUUUUUGUCGCAAUACUCUUUGUGCACCUGAUGUUAUUUCGCUUAUAAACAAUAGGAUGCUCUUUUGGGCAUGUUCCACAAACAAACCUGAGGGGUACCGGGUGUCCCAAGCUUUGAGGGAAAAUACAUAUCCAUUCCUAGCUAUGAUCAUGUUGAAGGAUCGGAGAAUGACUGUGGUUGGUCGGUUAGAAGGUCUCAUUCAACCUGAUGAUCUCAUUAACCAACUGACAUUCAUCAUGGAUGCAAACCAGACAUACCUGGUUUCUGAACGCCUGGAAAGGGAAGAGAGAAACCAGACCCAGGUGCUGAGGCAGCAACAAGAUGAAGCCUACCUGGCCUCCCUACGGGCUGACCAGGAGAAAGAACGAAAAAAGCAAGAGGAGCGAGAGCGGAAGCGACGAAAGGAGGAAGAAGUGCAGCAGCAGAAAAUGGCAGAAGAGAGGCGUCGACGGAACCUACAGGAGGAGAAGGAGCGGAAGUCAGAAUGCCUGCCACCUGAGCCACCCCCUGAUGAUCCUGAAAGUGUGAAGAUCAUUUUCAAGCUACCCAAUGAUUCCAGAGUAGAGAGACGAUUCCAUUUUACACAAUCUUUAACAGUAAUCCAUGACUUCUUGUUCUCCUUGAAGGAAAGCCCUGAGAAGUUUCAGAUUGAGGCCAACUUCCCCCGCCGGGUGCUGCCCUGCCUUCCCUCAGAGGAGUGGCCCAACCCCCCCACGCUGCAGGAGGCUGGACUCAGCCAGACGGAAGUGCUUUUUGUUCAGGACCUCACAGACGAUUGACGCUUUUGCCCUCAGCCCUGCCCCCUCUAUCCCCAAAAGAAAACAAAAUGAAAAAAAGAGAAAUUCAUAUUAUUAUUAUAAUACAAUAUUUUUUUUAAAAGACUGCUGCAUCCUAAGAGGGCAGGGGUGGGGGGGACUGGGGAUCAGAAACCAUGCUGCCUGUAUCAACCACGACCUAUGUGUGGUUCAUGAGAGAGGGAAACAGCAAGUGCGUCUGUUCUACAAUCCCACUGCCUCCCUUCUGCCUGUGUACCAAGCCCCUGCUUUCCAUUCACAGGGAGAGAUACAAAAGAGAAUGUCUCUUCUGAUUGACCCAUUAUCCUUUUGGUGGGAUGGGACCCUCCCUCACCAGUUCUCAUUCUUUAUAGCUUUUAUAGAAAAAUAAUAAAACCACCAACAACCAACUAUAUCCCCAAUGUCUAUUGAAGAAUUGCUCCUCUUGCCUCUAUGGAGAGGAGAUUGAGGGAAGAGGACAGAUAGAGGUGUUUCUUCAGUUUCCCACAAUAUACAAAUAUUUUUUUUUUCGUUGCUUUGUAAUGACCAAAGGAAUGGGGCUGACAUUUUUUUUCCCUUGAUUUUUAUUUGCUAAAGAGCCAAUUUUUACCAGAUAAAUUCUUGUCCUGGGCUUCUCAGCCUAUAGUGUAAUAAAGGCUCUGUGGGUUGGUUUGUGUUGAUGCCCACUCUUGUCCCCUGCAGCUCUCCAGAGUGGCUGUUGUAAGUCUACGUUCUUGUACUUAGAGCCCAUUUCCAUGUAUACACUG